CCAACACCCAAAACAUACAAAAAAGGAAAAAAAAACACACACUGUUUUCUCUAUAACCAAAAUCUCAAAAUGUCAAGGCAAUCACCAUACUACAUUUUCUUUGCAAUUUUCAUUGCAACAAUAACCAAAUUGUCACCCCUUGUUGUUGCAAUUGACACUCAAACUACCGGAGGAUCGAUACUCGAAUUAUACAUGCAUGAUAUUCUUGGAGGAAAUAAUCCAACAGCUAGGCCAAUUACUGGAUUAUUAGGCAAUAUUUAUAGUGGACAAGUUCCUUUUGCAAGGCCUUUAGGUUUUCAACCACCUAAAGAUGGUGUGGCAAUUCCUAAUUCUAAUGGUGCAAUUCCAACAUUCAAUAUUAAUGGUGUUCCCCUAGGAACUGGCUUAGCAGGCACAACAUUUGUUGGUAGCCAGAAUAGCCAAACUAGUACUGUGACAACUCAAUUAGGCCCUGAUGGAUUGGGCCUCGGUUUUGGUACCAUCACAGUUAUCGAUGACUACUUGACUUUGUCCCCUGAGUUAGGCACACAAAACCUUGGAAAAGCACAAGGUGUAUAUGUUUCAAGUUCUGCAGAUGGGACUACUCAAAUGAUGGCGUUUACCGCCAUGAUUGAAGGAGGUGAAUAUGGCGAUAGCCUCAAUUUUUUCGGAGUUUUUAGAGUUGGAAGUACUAUGUCAAGAAUUUCAGUUACGGGAGGAACUGGUAAAUUUAAAAAUGCUUGUGGAUUCGCAGAAAUUCGUUCACUUAUACCAGCUGGUCAACAUGUUACAGAUGGUGCAGAGACAUUAUUAAGGAUUACUGUCCAUCUUACUUACUAAAUGAAUUUCUUUAAGCAGGAGAUGGC